AUGAACGCCGCUGCUGCUCCAGUGGUUCAAGUGCUCCCGGCACUCGACGUGGUGCAAUCUAGUCCCGGGUCCCGGCGGGCAUAUCUUAUCAUUCGACAUCCCGGCUAUCCGGACGACGAAAGCAACAACGUCUUGCUCACGCUGCCCGCGACCGACGGCACCGCGGAUGCGCCGGGCAUACAGUACGGUCUCGUUCACACCGCCUGCGCCAUCAUUGCGAACAACCGCUUCGACGGCCAGCUGACCACCUCCCGCCAUCUCCCCGCCGCCGACGAAUACGCCGCACCGCCCUUUGAAAGUCUCCUCCCCGCCGGCGACUACUACUUUCACCUGUCCUCCGCUACUUGCCCUGCCGAUGUUACCCCUCGUCCCACCCCCGACUUCACGCCGCCCUACGCCGUGGUCCCGAACUUCGCUCACUGGCAUUUCCCUCACGAUCGCCUUCCCACCGCAUGGCGGGCCGCGCCCAUCGCACCGGCACCCUUCUCAGCUGCGGGCGCGCGCGCGCGAGACGUCACCUGCCGCCUCACGAAACACGACGUGCCCGUCGAGAGCGCCCACAUUCUGCCCGCGGCGGAAAAGACGUGGUUCGGUACGAACGGCAUGGAGCGCUAUGCGCCGGACAGCUCGAAGCGAGGCGAAGAGAUUGUCAACGCGGAAGAGAACAUGGUGCUCCUGCGCCAGGACAUUCACACCCUUUGGGAUUCCAUGCGACUGAGCAUCGUUCCCAAAGCCGACGCUGGCGGUGGCUUCGCAUGGGCUGUCCAUCUCAACGCCUGGUCGCCCGUGCUGUACGGUCUGUACCACCACCGCGGCUUACACCCACUCGCCGGUGUCCAGCGGGAGUACCUCUUCGCACGCUUCGCUUGGGACAUCUUUCCGAAGCUCCAGCCGUUCCUCCAGAAGCACGUCACGCGGAAUGUGGUCGUCCGCGACGGUGCGCGGUCUUCCGAGUUCUGCGCCGAUGAUCUGGACCCGUACUGCCGCGAUCAGGGACGGUUGCGGAGCAGUCGCAGUCCCCGGAAAGCCAGCAGUAAUCCAUCGAAGCGUAUGCGCAGCGAUGACGGUGUCAAAGACGUGCAGAGCUUCGAUUCGGGGAUCGGCAGGUGGCUGUCCGAGGCUGGAGAGGCCGUGGAGACGGUGGAGGCUAUGGCGGAACCCGUCACAUACGACAAUGCUUUCACCAGUGAAGAGUCAGGGGCCGAGUGCGAUGAUGGCAGCUUGGGAGUCGAUGAGAUUAACGCUAAUGGGGAGAACGACUUUGAUGAUGAGGAGAACGACGUCGAUGAUCAGGAAGAUGUUGAUGAUGAGGCGGAUCACUUACUACGCCUGCGCCGCCGUGAGGUGGGCAUGACGGCUUGCGAGCCAGACAAUGACCUAUUCGGCUCGAAACGAAGAAGGGAAGUCUGCGAAGGCUCAGAAGACGAGUGGGAAGCAGAGCAUCGAGGUCGCAAACGAUGGCGGAGCCGCUAG